ACCACCAUCAAAACUUUCUUUUUCCAUGGUGAAAAGUAAACCGAGCCAGUCCCCUUUCUCCGGUUACCCCGUGUACAAGUUAUUUCUAAUCCUUAUUUAUCUCAUCGUCCUUGUCGAAGCCGUCACGGUCAGCGGUUCAGACUCUCCAUCACCCUAUGCCUGGCCAUCUCACGCCUCCAAGAAGCUCAACAAACCGGUGGUUCUAUUAAUUUCCAGCGAUGGUUUCCGGUUCGGUUACCAAUUCAAGACGGAAACACCAAACAUUGAUUUGCUCAUAUCGAGAGGAACCGAAGCUCAGACCGGUUUAAUCCCGGUUUUUCCCACCAUGACGUUCCCAAACCAUUACUCAAUCGCUACCGGACUCUACCCGGCUUACCACGGUAUAAUCAUGAACAAAUUUACCGAUCCGAUAACUGGAGAAUUCUACAACAAAAACCUCGAUCCUAAAUGGUGGUUAGGUGAGCCGUUGUGGGUAACUGCAGUGAACCAAGGGCUCAAGGCUGCUACUGUCUAUUGGCCAGGCUCUGAAGUUCCCAAAGGCUCUUGGACCUGCCCAACAGGAUUUUGUAAAGCGCCUUACAAUGUUUCAUUUCCUCUCGAAGAAAGAGUCGAUACGAUCUUGAGCUAUUUCGAUCUUCCCGAGAGCGAAAUCCCGGAUUUCAUGACUCUGUAUCUCGAUGAACCGGAUAUACAGGGUCAUAAAUAUGGCCCUGAUGAUCCUCGGAUCACAGAAGCAGUCGCGAAGGUUGAUAAAAUGAUCGGUAGGGUCAUCAAGGGAUUGAAGAAAAGGAAGGUGUUUAGUGAUGUUCAUGUGAUAUUGCUUGGUGAUCACGGAAUGGUUACUAAUUGUGACAAGAAAGUGAUUUACAUUGAUGAUUUAGCGGAUUGGAUUAAGGUACCCGUAGAUUGGAUCCAGGCUUAUUUUCCAGUACUGGCAAUCAAUCCACGUUGGGGCAAAGAUGUUGAGAAUCCAGACGAGAAGAACAUGGAACUCGUGGCGAAGAUGAACGAAGCUUUGAGCUCAGGAAAAGUGGAGAACGGAGAGUUUUUGAAGGUUUACUUUAAGGAGAAGUUACCGAAAAGGCUGCAUUAUUCCGAGAGUUCCAGGAUUCCGCCGAUCAUAGGAAUGGUCGGAGAAGGUCUAAUGGUUAAACAAAACAGAACAAACGUUCAAGAAUGUUUUGGAAAUCAUGGAUACGACAACAUGUUUUUCUCCAUGAGAUCUAUCUUUAUUGGACAUGGUCCAAGGUUCAGGAGGGGAAAGAAAGUGCCAUCGUUUGAGAAUGUUCAGGUCUACAAUGUUGUUGUAGAGAUUCUGGGACUCCGACCAGCUCCAAACAAUGGUUCUUCUUUGUUCACGCAGAGCAUUCUCUUGCCUUUUGGAGCAACAAGGGAAACAUAGGAUGUAGAAAACUAUCCCAUUAUUAGCUCAUGAGAGACACAUGAAUAAGAAGCUAAUAAAUGAAUGAUAAUCUA